AUACAGUAACUGUCAUAAGAUUUUGUUAUUUACAAACCAACGCUGUAAUCGUUUUCAUUAAUAUAUUAAAUGUAAUCAAUUAGCCUAAUAACAAUAAUAAUAAUUAAAUAGGUCUAAACUAAAUAAUUAGCUACUAAUAGCCUACUAAUUUGUAAUAAUAAUUAUAAAUAAUUACAUAGUAUUUAAGGUUCUCUAAAUGGGUGUUCUUAUAGUGUAGAUCAUUACAGGAUAAGAGAUCCCGAAAGUGAAACUAACUUGAUCGCGCGCUGACAGCAGUCAACACGUCACUGUGGAUGCUGGUCUCAGAGCAUCUGGCGUUAAACCUGACACCACACUAUAUAUAGGCUAGUGUAUAUGAAAAGGAAAUUAUAAGAACACAUCGGAAUAAACGUCUGUGGUGAAGACGCUCUACAGGACUCCGUGAUGGAAAUGAGGUAUUCACAGCUGUUUUUUCUACCCGUGUUUCUGUUUAUAAAUGGAGUGUCUCUGCAGAAGACUGCUGUGGGUUUUAUUGGAGGUUCUGUUGUUUUACCUUGUUCUUCUGGAAAACCACCAUCGACAGUUCAAGGCAUAGCUGUGUUUUGGAGACACAGCGGCCAGAAUGUGUUUAUCAUUAUUUAUGGUGAAGUCUCUGAAAAAGGACAGGAUCCAGAGUACAAGAACAGAGUUGAAAGCUUCCCCGAGGAGUUCAAAAGAGGAAACUUCUCCAUCAAACUCAACAACCUUCAACACACUGAUGCAGGAGAAUACAAGUGCUCCAUCGUCACAGAGGAAUUAGUCUGGAGAGUUAAGCUUUCAAUUAAAGAAAAGCCAAUCCCCGGUGAAGGCACAGAACCAAGACCAGAGAUGAUUUUAAUGUUCAUUUCCAUUCUGUACACUGCCAUUAUAUUUUAAUGGACUGUAUGUUGGUUCAGCAAUGUAUCAGUAUAAUCAACAUGUACUUUAUUUAUUUAUUUAUUUAUUUAUUUAUUUAUUAGUUUAUUUAACUGGGACAAUGCAGUAUAACAUUAUGCAGUAUGAUGCUCCACAUAUACAAUAGGCCUCUAGCCAAAGGCUCAUUUGCAGCCCCAGUCCCUGGUUAGGUACUUUUUUUUUUUUUUUAACAAUGGUAAAACAAUAACACACACAAAAAAAGAAAAAAAAAAAAUUGUGUACAACCAUCAGUGUUCACAAACCUGCUUUUGAACUACUUUUUUUAAUAUAAUGUCUGGGGCAGGAUUAUUUACACAUUUAAUAAAAGACAGUUUUAUACAAUUUUAAUAACUAAGCAAAUGAUGCUUUUGUAUAAUAUUACAAUGAUGCCAUCUAUUUGGCUUCUUGUCCAAAAUUCUUUUGUGUUUGUUUAUGUAGGGAUUUAACAGGUUUUCAACAGUCACACAAUAACUAGAAAAAUGCAUGCAUGUAUGACUUAGCACUUUUAGAGAUAUACAGUAUAUGGGCUAAUCAUGUGUUACGUGUUAGAAUGUAAUUGUGGUGUCACAAGUGUGUUAACAUGUGAGUACUGUGUGUAUUUUCUUGUCUCUCUCUUUUUCGCUCCCUGCUCAUUAGUGGAACAGGGUGCAAGUAGGCGCAGCUGAAGCAUCUCAACGUGUGUGUGUGUGUGGGUGUGGGUGUAUAUAAGCAGUGAGGAUUGUCUGUUCCUUGAGCUCACCCUCCUGCUUCCUUGGUGUAGAUCGUGUGUGUAACAGUGUUGUGUUAACCAUUAGAGAGCUGUGCUAUGUCACAGUUCAUGUAAAACUCCUGGCGAGGAUAUUAGGCCGGUAAUUUUGUUGGCAAACUAAUCAUCUUUUAUAUAAAGUAACCUGUGAGAGAGGUUUUUGGCUCUUUUAUUUCCUUUCUUAUAGUUUUCUCCUGUUAAAUGGUCAGCAAGGGAGGUAAGGAUUUGUAUUUCAUUUGUUUAAUUCCAGGGAAGAGGAUCUAAAAACUUGGUUAGAAAAACUCCUUUUUGUUUAUUGAUUUGGCCGUCUGAAACCCUCUCAGACUAAGUUUCUCCUAAUUGUGUCUCAUCCCAAUGUAAACAAAUAAAUGCCACUUUUCUUGACUUCUGGUUUGUGUGCCGGUGUGUUUGUGGAAGCAGGAGAUUGAACUCCGGGCAGCACACUUUUAUUUGGUGUCGCUCUCGAUGCGCGUGUUCAAAUUUGUUCUGAUUGUUACAUCCUUUAGAUGCACAUCAAAUGAGAAUAUAAAAUAACACCUAAAUAUUUAAAAUUG